AUGCAGGCACUGCAGCUGUUGCAGGUGCUCCAACUGCUGCCGGCGCCGCAGCGGCUGCAGGUGCUGCAGCUGCUGCCUGCGUUACAGCUGCCACAGCUGCUGCAGGUGCUGCAGCUGCAGCCUGCGCUGCAGCUGGUACAGCUGCUUCACGUGCUGCAGCUCCUGUCGGCGCUGCAGCUGCUGCAGGUGCUACAGCUGCUGCCGGCGCUGCAGGUGCUGCCGGCGAUGCGGCGGCUGCAGGCGCUGCAGCAGCAGCCUUGCGGGUUGCAGCAGGUGCCGCUGCUGCUUCUAGUGGCAGUUUUUUCUGGGAUUUGCAGGCCGGCAGUUGCUGCGGCCUUAAUGCCUUGA